AUGCUCAUCCAAAUUCUGUUGUUGUCUUUGGCAUUUACCAAUAGAUGGAAUCUAGUGCUCGCACAGUCUGCUACGGGAACGACCUCUUCGGUACUAGUAUCUCCCACUACCAGUGAAUCGAGUACCGCAAGUAUUGCGACCACGACUGGCUUUCCUCCAAUCGGAUCUAUUCCUCGCGAUUACACACCGGAAGGACUAGAACAACUUUGGGACAUCGCUCGUAGUUCUAUCGGACCUGUCGAGCCUCCUCCGUUUACCACUACUCGCGCUCCUAGUGCGGCGGUUACACUACCGCCAUCUCCUCCACCUUUGUAUCCCUCGUUCUAUGUUCCCGCGCCGAAGGAUAUCCUUCCAGACGUGAAAUUCCCGAAAGGUUUCAAAUACGGAGUCGCCACGGCCGCGUACCAAGUCGAGGGCGCUACGAAGAAUGAGGGCAAGGGACCGACUAUGUGGGACUGGGCUUCCAGACAGCCAAAUGUUGUAUUCGAUAAUUCCAAUGGCGAUAUUGUUGACCUUCACUACUUCCUGUACAAAGAAGACAUCGAACGUGUUGCCGCUCUUGGCGUCACUGCGCAUUCUUUCUCUAUCUCGUGGGCGAGGAUCUACCCGUUUGGCGCCGCUGAUUCUCCUAUAAACACUGAGGGAAUUGAUCAUUAUUCUGAUGUUAUUGAUUAUCAUUUGGCUCAUGGCGUGGAACCUGUUGUAACUUUGUUCCAUUGGGAUACACCUCUCGCCCUUCAGGCUUACUAUGGGGGUUUCACGUCACCAGAAAUAGUCGAUGACUUUGUAAACUACGCCAAGACUGUAUUCAAGGCAUACGACGGCCGUGUCAAAACUUGGUAUACUUUCAAUGAACCACUUAUUUAUUGUGGCGACCUUGCUUCUUCCCCAUUCGAUGCAACGCUCGCCCCUGGUGUAAAUUCGUCUACUGCCCCUUAUCAAUGCGCAUACAAUUUAUUGAAGGCCCAUGCGGGAGCCGUCAAGGCAUUCCGUGAAAUGAACAUAACAGGAGAAAUCGCUUUCAAGAGCAACGAUUACAUAGGCGCGCCAUGGAGGAGCAACUCUACCGAGGACGCACUUGCCGUCGAACGUCACGCAGCAUUCCAACUAGGCCUCUUUGCAAACCCCGUAUACACAACAGGCGAUUGGCCUGACACCGUCAAAGACACCCUCCCCGAGGAGUAUCUUCCGCGCUUUACCGAAGAGGAAAGGAGUGACCUUCUCGGCUCCGCCGAUUUCUUUGCUAUUGAUGCUUACCACUCCCUAUGGGUAAAGGCUCCGGACGAAGGAAUUGAUGCUUGUGUCGCAAAUCCUUCUCAUAGCUUAUGGCCCGUCUGUAAUGAAGCCGUAUACUUUGACUCGGAUUACGGCUGGGCCGUAGGUCCCGCUGGUGAACCACUGGCCACCUCCCUUCAAUCAACACCAAUGGAAAUUCGUGAUUUGCUGAAAGGCAUUUAUUCUCGAUGGCCCAGUAAUAAGAUGUAUAUUUCCGAGUUUGGCAUCCUAGAGCCAUUCGCAUAUGCGAACGCUGAUAUUUCACAAAUAAAGGAGGACGCGGCCCGAACGGACUACCUCCUUACGUACCUCGGUGAGAUGUUGUUAUCCAUACACGAAGAUGGUGUCCCGAUACAGGGCGCUUUCACUUGGGCCAUGGUUGACGAUGCGGAGUGGGAAGGCGGGACAUCUGUCAGGUUCGGUAUACAGCACGUCGAUUACACGACACUUGAACGAACGUACAAGCGCUCGGCGUUGGCUUUGGGUGAGUUUCGUGAUGCUUUACAAUGA